UUAUAUCUAAUCGUGAGGAGCGCUGCACGUACUAGUUAAUAAAACUAAUUAUGGAGUUAAUAUGCCUAUAAAUAGGAUGUGUAAGAUUGCUAAUUCUGUGAUACAACAAAAUAGUAAUAUAGAUUCUUUUAAUUGUUAUUUUUAUGUGUUUCGUAAGCAACUUGGACAAGUUUUGGUUACCCAGUAAAUAUUGCAAUAAUUGUGUCUUCUGUUGAUCCCGCCAUCUUGUUGAAUGAAAAGUUAGUGUAGACUGUAAUAAUUAUUGUGGUUAGGCAUAUAAGUUUUAUAACAAAGACAUAUUUUAAUUUUUGUAAUUUUAUCUGUAUUGAUUGAUCUUAUGGUUCAUAACAAUGACAUUUUUUAAUUUCUUCAGUAUUAUAAUUGCUAUAUGCGUCAAUAAAGAUUUAUUUAUUUAUUUAAAUAUUGGGAACUUCCAAUGUCGCACUUAAAGAAAUACAAAUUACAACAGUGAACUAAGAAAGUCCAAUUUUCACACACAUAUUUAGGUUAGCCAAUGAUAUUGAGAAUAUAACUAAAAAUUAAGUUUGAAUCUAUAUAAACUCAACCUUACCUUCAAGAUCAUGAAUCGGCGUGUUAUGAUUAUUAUUAUCAGGAACACAACCGGCGAGUAUUCUAUCAAUCCUACUGCCAACCCUGCCCCCCUUCAUUUUUGGAGGCAUGACUUUCAAAUUAUUAACUUCUAAAACACUUUUUAAAAACUUUAUUUUACACAAACUAAUUACAAUUUACUGUAAAUGAUCACAACUGACUAACUGAAAAAUCGUUCUAUUCAGGGCUUUCGAAGUAAACAUGAUUGAAUACCUUGUGAAAUGAAUUCUAGUUUUAGGUUUUGCCAGAGAGUGUAAAACGGAACUAAUUAUUAUUUGAUUCUGUCCAGUGUUAACUGCACAUUUUACGAUGGGAAUGCCUAUAACCGGAUUUUCUUCGGAAUUAAAAUGCAUUCUAAAAGAUUCGUUAUCGUCUACGUUGUUUAUCUCAUUGUUGAGUUCAUUUUCACGGUCAGGUGUUAUAUGCCGUAUUGCAUGGUUAGAAUCGUUGUUAGUUGAGUUCGUUGUCGGCGAAAUUUCAGGGACUAGGUCAGUGUCUGGGUUUACUAUCAAGGAUAUAGAGUCUAGGUCACGAUUUUCGUCUUGAAUUGGGUUUUUGAAAAAAAAAUUUUUUUGUGAUAAAUGGAAAGAUUAUAUAUUAGUUUUAUAACAAAACUAUUUUUUUUUUCGCAAUAAUUCAAAAGUUAUUUGAAAAUAAUUUUUGAAUCCAGUACCGAAGACAUGCCGACAACUCCCGAACAAACCCAAGCGCGUGUGACGUCAUAAUGUUAGUUUUCACUCAUUGCAGUUGAUAGAAAAAUAAUAAAUACAGUGUUUUGAUUUAAUUUUGUUGUCAUUAUUAAAUAUUUAAAUUUAUAUUAAAAAUGUCGAGCCUCAAAAGUUAUCGUUCUUAUUUUGUACCAUUAUGUACGAAUACUACAAAGGCAACUCCUGAUAUAAUGUUUUUAAAUUUUCCCCAAGAUGUCAAACGUCGAAAUAAAUGGUUUCAAGCAGUGCACCGUGAUAAUCCCCAAACAAAAUCGAAUUAUUUUUGUUGUGAAGAUCAUUUCGAUCUGAAAGAUGACAUGGAAAAUUACAUUUAUUAUACAACGAUGGGAGGUAAAGCAAAGAUUAAAAUUGAUGUGGUACCACACAAGUUUGACUGUCAACCUAAUCGUAAAAGACAAGGCACUACAACGGUUCUUAGACCAGCUGCAGAAAAACGACGGAGACAACAAAUCAAUCAAGAAAUUUUAAAUGAAUCUUCAGAAAAUAUGGAAAUUAGUAAUCCUCCAGAACCAAAUAUUGAUGCCGUAUCAGCCAGUACUGUUGAAAAUAUUGGAGUAGAUUUUGCUCCCUCAAAUGAAACACCUGGCCAAAAGGUCACUGUUGAAACACAAACUAAUAUUAACCACCGUACUGUUGCUGUACAAGUAAAUAGUCCGUCCUAAGUAUCGUAGCGUAUCAGUUCAAUGUAAAAUUUUAUCAAUCGGAAUCGAUGAAUCCUGCUCACCAAUUAAAACUGGUAGCAUAAGUACUGCAACAUCUCCAAUAAAACCAUUGCGUCAAAAAUUACAUCCAAAUUUAUUGGAAGAUACUCAGAAAAGUUUGUCAUCUAGUAGUUUUACAAAUUCAAAUAGUUCACAAGAUAUUGAUGAACCUUCCGAAAAUACCGGUUCAAGUACUAUGGAUUCUAGCAGCCUUCAAUCUCCUGUGAAAAAAUUUGAAAUUUUGAAAGUCACAAAUUACUUAAUUAACGAUAAUUUAAAAGCGUAUACUGGUUUUCCUCAAGAAUGGAAUAUGGUGCUAGAACCAUUAGUGUAAUAUCUAAUAUUGAUAUUACUAAUAUAAAAUUAUCUUUGAUGAAAAU